AUGCCAUAUAGCGGUCCUAGCAAAGGUUGCCGGAGAUGUAUUUGCCUGAAAGUCAAGUGUGACGAAAAUAGGCCUAACUGUUUGCGCUGCACAAAAGCCACCCAAGAAUGCGAGUAUAGGGACGAAUUUGAUUUGAUUCUGCGGAACCAAAACCGUCAUGCAGCAGAGACGGCAAAGACGAGAUGGCGACAACGAGCAGCUAAAUCUAAGCUCUCCUCUUCGCUACCAAGGACGGCUGCCACUAAAUUAGUAGCUCCAUCGCAGCAAGUAAUUCCCAGUAGCUCUUCAUCUUCAUCAAUCCCCAAGCCUGUCACCCUGCGUUCGUCAUUUCAACAGAUGGUUCAUUUACGUUUCUUCUACGAUUUUGCAAAUGCUCAGGACCGCGGUACAGCCACAAAUGGCGCGCUCGAUCGGAUCCCUCAAAUGAUGGCAGCCUCGUCACCGGACUCAUGGUUUCAUUCUGCAAUGUCGGCACUCUCAUUCGCAAAUUUUGGUGGCAGGCUCAAGUCCCAAGAGGCCAAGAAUGUUGCCGCUGUCUUCUAUAACAAUGCCCUUGGCCGAUUUGCAAGGGUAAUGUCUAGUUCUGCUAGUGGGAAAACAGGGGCCGAGCAGGUUCUCUUUGGUAUUUUCCUCUUAGGGAUCUACGAGCUCAUGUAUUGUCUCGCUAACAAAGAGCCGCCGCCAUCUUUUCUUGCAGAUAUACAACUUCAUAACAAUAGCGAUCCCAGAUCCGAGUUGACUGCUCUCAUGUACUGUGCCUGCAAACUUCGCCAUAAAUUCGCGCAGCAGUCCUCUUUAUUAGAAAAUGAUAAUCUGAAUGAGAAGCCACAGGGACUAUAUCCGCUAUUCCAGGAAGCCAUGGAUCUUGAUAAAGCGCUGGAAGAAUGGCAUCAGCGAACCAGCCGCAGUGGAUGGGCUUUUACUCGAUCCUGCUUCGUAAACGCCCAGAGCCGACCGCAAUGGGCUCGAGAGCUCUUCAGCCUUCCAGGAGCUCCAAAAGAAAUGCUCAUCUACAACAGUCUCCUCGCCGCAUUAUCCACAAACCUCUACUGUAGCACUCGCCUAUUGCUAAAUCUCUCAAUCCUCGAGUGGGCUCGCACUAUUGUUAGCUCGCCACUCUCAACAGCCGGGAUAUCUAUAUUUAAUGAGUCUAUUGCGACGUCCACUGCCGCGUUACUGAUGGAGCUUAUCAACGACCUCUGUAUGGGCGUGCCGUUCAUGCUUCAGCUGACGGCAGUGGGCGGUAUGGAAGACCCGCAAUUGAUAGAGGAGUUGUACAGUCUCAGAGGCAUACUGACGCUUUGGCCUCUUGUUGCGGCCAUGGCAUGUUUACAAGACAAAGAAGUUCAAAAAUGCGAUGUUGACUUCAAGCGCGCGUGGGUGCAGCACUUGCUCACAUUUCUAAAGAAUUCAGUGGGGUUGGCAAAAGCACAAGCGUUCAUUACCAUGUAUAACUAA